AUGUUCCGUAAAGGAAAGGCUACGAGCUCAACGGGUGACUCGCCAACCGAUAGCUCAAACACCUCGCCAAAAAGCUCGACAUUAAAAGUCGAUCCUACCAAUGUCUCUCGAUCAAACACUUGGAGCAAGUUUAGGACUAGAUCACCGUCCAUAGGAUCCAAAAUGUCGGCCAACGACGAUGCUUCCAUUAACGAAGAAUCAGCAUACCCUUCUCCUAUAAGCCCCGAAUCUCCAUUGCCUGAUCUACUAUCACAGACACCUGAGACCGUCAAAAUGAUGCCUGUUAUCAACCCCAGACAUCUAAACUCGCUGCAAUUGGCUGUAUUCAAGGGUGAAAUACCCAAGAUGCUGAAACUUAUGAGUGAACCCGAUCGGGAUCUAAAUAAGCUGGAUCGCAAGCAUGGAUUUACAGCAGUUCAUUUAGCUAUUCUGCAGAAUAAGAUGGACGUAUUCAAGGAACUUGUAGGCCAUUCGCCGCAAGUUGUAACUAAACCGUCAGAUCUGCCCGAACUUCCAACGGUUCGCAGAUGCGGACUUAACACACAAGACAACCAUGGUCGCUCACCACUAGUCUUGGCUACUAUAUUCGGCCGAAACGAUAUGGUUGCUCAUUUAAUGUUUUUGGGAGCUGAUCCUAACUCAUUGGAUGAAGUGGGAUGCACUGCAUUACAUUACUCACUGCUAACAGACAACAAGUCUGUCUUUGACUUGGUACUAGCCAAGAAUCCAGCCCUUGGAAUCUACGAUCGGACUCAAAACACGCUGCUACAUCAUGCUAUAAGGUUACGCCGAGUAGAUAUGGCCAAAGCUCUUGUUGCAAAGGGCGCUAAUAUUUCGAGACCCAAUGGGCAUAAAAAAACUCCUCUGCAUGUCGCAGUUGAAAAGAAUGUGGAAGAAAUGGCCCGCUUCCUAGUCGAAAGUGGUGCACCAUUAGACCAGAUCGACGAAUCAAACCUGAGACCAAUAGAUUACGCCAAACAUAAUCCAGCCUUGAAAGAUUUCUUAAUCCUCAAAGCCGUAAAAGUGGCAUCACCGCCACCACCUCCAUCGUCAGAACCUCCACCGCCACCAGCAAUGUCUCGUAAAAUGUCAAAGGACGCCCUUCUUGUAAAACAAGAAGUGCCUCCCAAACCAUCUCAGGCCGGCACAAAUACCGUAAUGGCUCCAAUAGUUGAUGUACCUGUAUCUCCAACGACUGAAACACCAGCUGUUGAGAAGAAUGCCGCAAGACCGAUUAAAGAAGCCAAAAAAUCAGCAUCUAGGGAAAGACUAGCUGCUGCUGAUUCAGGUUCGAGCUCCAAAGGUCUCGCCAACAAGGCUAUACGAGACUUGAAAAAGAAUGUUGAAGGUGGUGUUGCUGCAAGUGUUAGCUCCAUCGGCGGAUCUAUACAGUUCGAUGAACUUGAUCUGGCUGAAAGUCCACCAGAAAUGUCUGAAGUUUCUGAUCCAACACCACCAUCAUCCGGUGGUUCAGCAGCCAACGAAUCCGAAUCAAAGGAAAAAACAAACCAAAAUGAUUCAGAUUCAAGUGAUUCGGAGCUUUGGAAUACCAUGGAUUUAACUGAAGAUGAAAAAUCGGCUUUACGUGAAAAACGGGCCAUGCUGCAACAGCAGCAAUCUACAUCUCAGUCCCAGAUACCACAAGUAGUAACUGAUUUUACUGCUCGUGGUCUUGAUGUUGUUAGUGAAGCUAUUGAAGAUGAAAGUCAUAUGAGGGAUACAGAAAGCGAGAUAUCCGAUAUUGGUGCUCCUGGUAUGACUGAACCAGUCGAAAUGGUCUCGGUAGAACCAUCUCUUGCUCCAGUGGUGGAAGAAAAGGUUGUUGUAGGACCAGAACAGAACAGAUCCGUUGUGGCUUCAGAUCAACCGGCAUCCUCAACCAAUGCUGCAGCAACAGCAACCAAAAUGCCACACUCAGUCUCUACCAACUUGAGCAGUGUUAGCGACUCGUCUGACUCAUCUGGUCCAAUGAUCAAAAGAACUCCACGUAAUGUUCUUGUGGCUGAUGACGAUGACAUGGGCUUUGAUGGACGAAGUGUUGAUAUAGCAAUGGAAAGCGAAACGAUUGGCACCAGAGGUUUAACUUGGACCAAGAACCACACAGUGCCAGAAGAAAUCAAAACUGUAGAGGAGAUCGCAGAAGCUCAAAACUCUGUUGCUCCUAUGCCUCUUCCAGCUGCCUUGUCAACCACAAUCAACAGUGGCCGUAGCUCUCGAGAAUCUAGCAGUAAUCCAUCCAGCUCUGCUAGUCGUAAACGGGCUGUCACUAUAGGUGGAAGUAAACCUGAUACCAAGGAGAUUCUUCCUCAAAAGGAUGAAGCCAAAAAGCCAUCCUCAGUAUCUAGAUCGUCCAGCACCAAAUCCAUAACCAAACGAUUAGGACUUGGUCGACGCUCCCGUCAGCCCAGUGUAGAAGUCUCAAUGCCAGAGGCUAUACCACUAGCUCCAUUCGAUCCUAACGCACCACGUCCUGAACGGAUGGGACUUGGUCGAAUGCUGGCUGAAAUCCAAGUCCUUCAAUCUUCCUUGACUGCCGACUCUCCCAACGUCGCGGCAACCAUAGACGAACUCAAGCACAUUGUCGAUGAAGCUCGAGCUGUGGUAGCCGAAAUGAACUUUGAGAGAGGUGUCAUGCUUCAGCAGUACAGAUUCGUCAACAAGGAACUCGACUUAAAUGAUGGCCAGAUGAUAAAACCAACUGAAUCUAGCCAUGUGGACUUCUCACUCAUCUCUGCAUGGGUCGGUCAAUAUAAAAAAAAUUCUGGACCUGAAUUGGAUCGUCGUGCUCGAGCUAUUGAGCAAAAAGAACGGGAAAUUGGGUCACUUGCAUCCAAGUUGGAGCAGGAAGCUGCUAUGGCUGCUCAAUUCAAGAAAGCCCAUCUUAAGCAAAUAGAACAGAUUGAUGCUUUGCAUGCUCAACAGGUCGAGUCAUUAGAGAAUGAUUUGACUGCAUCACGUAAAAAGCAUGCUGCUACUCGUAACGAGCUCGAAGAAGCCAGAGUCAAUGCUCAAAAGGCUCAGGACUUGCAUCACCAACAAAUUUCGGACUUGAACCGUCAAAUCACCAGUCUGGAAACUGAGAAGAAGCAACAACUAGCAGCUCAUCAAGAUGCCAUGCAGCAACAGAAAUCCAUCCAGGCCAGGAUCGAAUCAGAACGUGAAACACUCAAGCAACGUUAUGCUCAGUUGAAUGCUGAUAUGGCUGCCCAACAUAAACGCCUCGAAGAAGACAAAGCUAGAGCUCUGGAUUCUGCUGAUAAGGCCGCUUCAAUCAAGUUGGCUGAAAAGCAAGCCAACAUAGAAUCACUCAAGAAGACUACUGCUAAACUUGAGGAAAGAGUUCGUGAACGAGCUGGUACCGCAGACGAAACCUACAAGAAACUCGACGAGGCUCGUGCCGAAGCUGACAAGUACAAGUUUGAAGCUGAAUGCCUGACGAAACGUAUCGAUCUUGAUACAGUUCGUAGCAGUAAUCUUAAACGUGAAGUAGCCUUGAUGAGACGAAUGAUGGGAUUGCCUGAACGACCUGAAUCUCUUCCUACCGAAGUUGGAGUACCCGUCGACGAAAAUCCAGACAAGGAAUACUUUACACGUCUUGAAUCCGAGUGUGCCAGGCUCCAAACUGUUGUAAAUGACUUGGAAAUGUCACGCAAGGCUUUAGAAGCUGCUCGAGAAACUGAACGUUUCAGAGUUGAGGAAUUGGCUGAUGAGGUCAAGAACAUGUCCAAGGCUCUACGAUCUGAAAAGGCCGAACAUGCUUCUGCUCGUGAUACGGUUUCUGUCUUGACUCUGGAUCUCGAAAAGUCCAAGUCUGCUGCUAAUGACUUGGAAUCCCGUCUCCAACAGCUUGAACGAGAACGUCCUAAAUGGACCUCCGAUAUUGCUAUAGCCGAAACCCAAUUCCGUGAAAAAUACGAGUCUCAAGUCUAUGAACUACAAAAGGAACUGGAUACUUGUAAAGAGCACUUGGCUGCUGAAAAGGUAGCCUUGGAGUUGCGAGACCGUCAGCUUGCUUCCAUUCGUCAACAAAUGCGAGACUCUGCAUCUAGUAAUCCAGCAACUGUCUCGGCCGAAUUCACUCAGCCUAUCGAAGUCGGCCAAGACAUGGUUCGCUACUUUGAAAGUGAAAUCAAACUCUUGUCACAAAAUCUUGAGCACGAACGUACUCUCAGAUUAACCAGUGAUGCUGAACGACAACGAGUAUUGGAAUCUCUGUCUGAAUUAGAGUCUAAUUUGACUGAUGUACGUCAAUUGUAUGAAGCUGAAUUGACUGCCAACCAAACCCAUACCGCCAAUCUGCUUCGAUACUCUCGAGACCUGGAGUCAACCAAGGCUGAACUGUCUGCUGCGAUGGACAAGAUUCACGAACAAGAGUUAAAGGCUGUGCGUUUGCAAAGUGAUGUCCAAGGUUGCAGCUUGCAACAACAGCAACAGGCAGAGAUUAUUGCUAAACUUGAUGCUGAAAGCUCAACAGCUCGCGCAGAAGCUAAAUCUUUACAGCGACAUUUGGAAGACAAGCAACGUCGUGUCUCUGAACUCGAAUCUCAACUCGCGCUACUGGAUAUCCGUCUAGUCGAUCAAACUACCUUGGUUCAUAGUUUAGAAAGAGACGUUACUGCCGCUCGUAAUGAACUCGCAGCAAACCGAGAAGAAAUAAUUACCGCUCAAGGAAAUGUGACAUCAUUGACUCAUCGUCUACGAUCAGCUGAACGAGCUUUACAGGAACAAGAAGAGGCUGGGAUUAGAGCUGACGAGGAUGGCAAGGACUCUCGCCAACGUCUUGAACGGGAAAUCCGUGAAUUGCAUCGUCGUGCUCAAGAAGAACGUGAUGCAGCCGAAUCAGAAUCGCGUAUGGCUCACGAACGAUACAAGACUCUACGAGCUGAAUUGGAACAGCAACGAGCAACUACCACCACUGUAGAAGCCACUUUACGAGAAAAUGAACUAGCUCUUCAUAAGGCCCGUGUAGAAAUACUGGAAUUGGACGAAGCUAAAGCUGAUCUUGAAACCAAAUUCGCAGACACUCAUACCUUGCUACAAGCUGAAUUGGAUCGUGUGCGUGUCAACAAUACUUCUAUUGGAACCGUCCUGAUGAAGCUCAAGAAUAUGGAGUCCAAGAGCCCUAGUCUUGAACGUCGGGUUCUCAACUCGCUACCCGAGGAGAGCUCUACUCAAGUCUUCAGUCUGGGUGUACGAUCACGCUCCAACUCGGUCCGGGUACGAACCUGGUCUGAGACGAAACAGGAUGCCAACAAUAUUAUCGGCAAACUUGGAAUGUUGACUGAAAAGUUGACUGGUUUGGAGAACUGUAUCUUGAACGACGCGUCCAACUGGAUGGGUUUCAUCAAUGAUAUAGAAAACGACUUGAAUCUUGACGGUGCUGUAAAGGCUACCGUGCAAACUCUUGCUAAUGCUCAGCAAGUGCAGUUUGUCGAGCUGCAAGACAGUAUUGGACAGCUCAAGGAGGAGAUUCUCAGCAUCACCGAGUCAACCAGCACCGAAAUCAACUCGUUACAAACCUCUGUAAAGACACUCACUGCACAUUCCGAGCAACGUGAACGAGAACUUAAUGCUGAAAUUGAUGCUAUUCGUGCUGAAUGGAAGUCGGACGUCACGACCAUCCAGACUGAGUGCAAGUCGCGUAUUGCUACUAUUGAAGCUAAAAUGGCUAAUGAAUUGGCUGCUUUGGAAACACUACGAUCUCAACAACAACAUGGCCUGGAGGGCACCAUUACCGAGAAACUGAAUGUAAUUAGUGAGUUGACUGAAGCCAAGAAUCAACUACAGGCUCAAGUCGUAACCUUGGAAUCGGAACUUCGACAACUUUCCGUCAACUUGUCUCAGGAGCAAUCCAAGGUCGCAGCUGCAGAUCUCGCACGAACGGUAUUGGAACGUCGUAUACCUGGUCUUGAACAUCAGAUUAGGUACUUGGAGCAAGAGCUGCAAAUACACGAACCCAAGUUUGCAGAAAGUGAAUCGUCUCGCUUAGCUCUUGUAUCACGAGCAUUCGAGCUGGAAAAGGAAAUCCAAAACAAGGCUACUCUACUCGAAGAAAAGGAGCACAUAAUAGCAAGUCUCAACAACACCAGUCGUCUAACCGAAAAACGAGUCGCUGAGCUCUUGAAUGACUUGAGUAACCGAGAAACGGACUUGAAGCUCGCCAACAAUAAUCUCCAUGCUACAAGACAGGCUCUACUUGGUGAUUUGUCAGUCUUACGAGAACAGAAUGCAGUCUUGCAAAACAAUUUGGAUGUAUCUGCGGCUCGAGCUACUGAUUUGAGCUCUCAGCUGGGCGCUGCUCGCCGAUAUCUAGACCAGAUUCAGGCGUCGUAUGAUGCUGCUACAUCCGAAUCUCAGCAAUUGCAAGUUCAAAUCAGGCACUUCAAGUCUGCUGCUGAAUCCGACAAGAAGGCGGCUGAAGAGUACCUCAAGUUGAAGGUUGCUCAACUGGAAGAGCAAGCCCGUAUCGCCAAGAAACACGACGAAGAUAUUCUAGCUACCACUCAAAAGCAAUUGGAAGUAGCUGAAGCUGAUGCUCAGAAACUGUGGAAGGCUAAAGCUGAGCUUGAAGAAGAACGUCACGUCUUGUCUGAGGAACGAUCCUCUCUCGAAGCCGACUUGCGAUCUCGUACCACGGAACAUGAGAUCGAUCGCAAGUCUCUUGAAGACAAACGUCGCUCCCUGGAAGAAUCACUCCAACGUGCUGAGGCACAAAUUGAGCAAUUAACGGCACGAGUCGAAAACCUCACUGGUCUGAACAAAGCGGAUGAAGUUGAUAAACGUAGUCUGCAAUUCGACAAACAGACCAACCAGGAACGUGUCAGGGCUACUGAAGAGCAACUAAAGCUGGUACAAUCGCAAGUCAAACAGCUCUUUUCUCAAAGCGAGCAAGAGAAGGAAGGUCGUAUGUCUGCUGAGCUCGAAUGUAACAGACUUGCAUCCGACAAGAAGAUGCUGGAAGAUGCUACUGCAGUCUUGAAGGAACGUGUCUCGUCUCUCGAGGCUUCUUUACAUAAACAGGUUGCUGAAGCCAAUACUUUGCUGAACAGGGCACAGCUCCUGGACGAAGACCGUGAAAAGGCUGAGCUUGAAAAGCAACGCCUCUUGUCGUCUAUGCAAGCCACUCAUGAUGCCCGAGUAGCAUUGGAAAACGAGGUCCGUCAAUACCAAGUCAACCUCGACUCUACCACUGCCAAGCUCAGGGCCUUAUCUACCGAACACGCUCAUCAUGAACGUGAUACCCACCUGCAAAUCACCAAACUCGAGUCUGAAAAGAAGAUCUUGCAAGAAUCCGUUGGUACUCUCAAGGAACGAGUCACAUCGUUGGAUGGAUCGCUACGCAAACAAGUAGUUGAAACCGAUAGUACACUCAAGAAGGUUCAGCUACUUGAAGAGGAACAUGAGAAAGCUGAACUCGAGAAGCAGCGUCUUCUUUCGUCUAUGAAGACCAUGCAAGAUGCCAAGUUAGCUUUAGAAAACCAGGUCCGUCAAUACCAAGUCAACUUGGAUACCACCACCGCCAAGCUCUCAAAUAUAUCUACCGAGCAUACGCAUCUGGAAAGUGAUUCCCAGCUUCAGACUGCCAAAUUGGAAUCAGAAAAGAAGAUUUUGCAAGAGGCUGUUGAUAAGCUCAAGCAACGUGUCGCUUCAUUGGAGUCUUCUUUGCAUCAACAGGUAGCUGAAACCGAUUCUGUGCUUAAAAAGGUUCAGUUGCUAGAUGAAGAUCGUGAAAAGGCUGAGCUCGAGAAGCAACGUCUCCUCUCAUCUGUAAAAACUUUGCAAGAUGCCAAGAGCGCAUUGGAGAGUCAAAUCCAGAGAUACCAAGCCAACUUAGACACCACCACCGCCAAGCUCACCACCAUAUCAACCGAGCACACACAUCUUGAAAGUGAUGCUCAUCUUCAAAUCGCAACCCUCGAAUCCGACAAGAGAAUUUUGCAGGAAACGGUUGAUAAACUCAGAGAUCGAGUAGCAUCUUUGGAAGCUUCGUUGCAUAAACAAGUUGGUGAAGCUGAUAAGAUAUUAAAGAAGGUGCAGCUGCUUGAAGAAGAUCGUGAAAUCGCUGAUCUUGAAAAGGCUCGUCUCCUCGCCUCCAUGCAAACCACCCACGAUGCCAAGGUAGCUUUGGAGAAUGAAGUUCGCCAAUACCAAGUCAAUCUCGACACCACUACUGCCAAGCUCACUUCCAUAUCUACCGAAUACGCACACGCACAAAGUGAUUCCCAACUUCAGAAAGCCAAGCUUGACUCAGAGAAAAAGAUAUUGCAAGACGCUGUUGAUAAACUCAAGGAACGUGUCUCCUCUUUGGAAGGCUCGUUGCAUCAUCAAGUCGCUGAGACUGAUACUAUCUUGAAGAGAUUCAAUGUACUUCAAGAAGACAAUGAGAAGACUGAACUUCACAGGCAGAGAUUGAUUGCUUCUCUCAAGACUGCAACUGAUGCCAAGGUCGCUUUGGAAGCAGAACUGGGCCAGUACAGGAACAAGUUGGAUGCUACUGCUAUACAAUUGUCCUCUGUGUCGUCCCAAAGCGCUCGAAUGGAAAACGACGGUGACCUCAGAACUCGUAAACUAGAGUCUGACAAAAAGAUACUACAGGAGACUGUUGAUAAUCUCAAAGAACGUAUCGGCUCACUGGAGGCUACAUUACAUACUCAAGUCGUCGAAGCUGAUACCGUAUUGAAGAAGGUUCAGCUACUGGAAGAGGAUCGUGAAAAGGCCGAGCUGGAAAAGCACCGUCUCCUCUCAUCAGUACAAGCUGCUCAUGAUGCCAAGGUAGCCAUAGAGAUUGAGGUACGACAAUACCAAGUCAGUCUCGAUACUACCACCACCAAGCUAUCCAUCCUCUCUCAACAAUAUGCUCAGCUCGAAAAUGAGAGCAAGAAUCUCAAGUUUGAGUUGACUGGUCUUGAAGAAACCAAACAGCAGCUCUCGCAACGUCUACACCAACGUCAACUUCAGCUCGAAACCACUCUACAAGAGAAUGAGAGGCUGAAGCAUUCUGCAGCUGACUUGGAAUUGCAAAAGUCAGAACUUGAAUUUGAUCGCAAGGCACUAGGUGAAAAGAAACAUUUCUUGGAAGAGCAGCUCAAGUCUCGUCAACAACAGCUUGGCACCAUAACCAACGAAGUGGAUGUCCUUGCAGAGUCUCAAGCCUUAUGGGAAGUCGAAAAGAGCCAUCUAGAGUUUGAACGACGACAAUUAGAAGAGCGUCUCCACUUGUUCUCUGAACAACUCAAGACCACCCAAUCUCGUCUCACCGUUGCCAACAUGGAACUCGAAUCAUUAAGCGAGUCUAAGAUCCGUCUGGAAUCCGAAAAGGAUCUUAUUGAAGCUCGUGCAUUGGCUGCCGAGUCUCAGUCUAGGAUUGAGCAUGGUCGACUCAUAGCAGCUACUGCGGAAGGAGAAGCAUUGAUGGUUUCCAGAGCUCAGGCUGAGGCUGAUGCUGAACGAUUAGAGCACAACCGUCGUGUCCUGGAGGAACAAUUAAAGGAACGACGAGAGGAGCUAUCGUUUGCACAAGCAGAAAUCGAGUCUCUCAUGAAACUCAAGGGUGCCUGGGAAAUCGAUCGUAAACAACUAGUUGACGAAGUUGCCUCUCGAGAUGAUCGUUUAGAGAAACGUGAAGCCACUAUUAAACGAUUGAAACGUGAAUAUGAGUCUUCACAAGAGUCUUUGGCUGUCGCAGAAGCAAUUCGUAAACGAUUGGAUACUGACCUGAACAAGACCGAAAGCCAGCUGAAACAUGCCAGCUUUGAAUUGGAACGUCUCAAAUCUGCUCAAAUGACUUGGGAGUCUGAACGGUUGCAAAUCUCGGAACGUUUGGAUAAGAAAAGUUUGGCUCUAGUAGAUUGCCAACGAGAACUGGAAACAGCCGUUCGAUUACACCGUGAAGCAAUUACCAAGGUCGCCACCCUAUCACACGAACGGAUUGAAAUGGAAACCGAUAUACGAAAUCUCUCUCGUGUGGGUGCUCAAGCUGAAGCGGAAGCCAAGGUCGUUGCUGAACUCAAGAGCGAACUGGAAGUAGUCAGAGCCAAACUCGAUGAAGCCAUGAGAAACAAACGAGAUGCCGAGCAGCACUACAUGCUUGAGAAACACCGUCUGGAAUCAGAGCUGGGUCUAGAAAUCGAGUCCCGUCGUGAUGGAGAACAACGAGCGGACCGUACACGACGAACCUUGGAAGAAGAAUCGUCACUCUUAUCCAAGGCUCGAGCUACUUUGGAAGAACGGGUAGCCUUCCUUGAGAAUCAAAAGAGAAUAGCAGAAGCCAAAGUACAGGACUUGAUGGAUGCCUUGACUGUAGACAAGAUGGCCAGAGCUCAAUUGCGAGAAGCCAGAGAAGCUCGCGAUGCCGCUGAAGCAACUUUACGUACUCUAGAGGUAUCCAACGGUCGUCUGAAACGUGAUUUCGACACCUUGAAAGCAGAUGCCUUUACCUUAUCCACCGAAGCUGCACAGGCUAAAGAGCUAUCGAAUCAAGUCCAAGCGUUAAAUGCCGAGCUUGGCAAAUCCAACAACCAACUAGCCAACCUGGAAUCCCGUAUGCGUCUCACCUUUGACGAAAAGUUACGAAAGAUAGUAACUCGUAUGGAAGUCCAGAGUCGUGAACGGGAAAGAGUUGAAAUGCUACGUGAUCAGAAUGUAGCUGAACUCAAGGAAGCAUAUAUGAACCGUAUUGAUGAUUUGUCUCACGAGCUGGAGGAUGCCAGACACCGAUUAGACGCUAUGGCUCUGACCAAAUCUAUGGAUCUUGGAUAUCUAGAUCCACAUCAUAUACCUAUACCGUCUGCAGCAGAUGGCGUCUCAUCCAGACUUAAAGAUGCCCAAAAACACCGCCGAAUCUUAGAAGCCAAAGUGAUGGCUCUCGAAACUCAAAUGGGCUUGAAUCCAAGAGCUCCAGUUGCUGGCAAGAAACCACGAUCCAUCUCUGUCCAUCACUCCACUGGCAGCGCUAGUCUCAAACGUGCCAUACAUCAUUAG